GCAGUGCACUUCCCGCUCCAGAGAGGCGCGACUGAGCUUGCGCAAUGUCGACGCCAGCGCCGGCGCGCCGGGGUUUGAAAGGCCCGAGUCUCGUGCGCUUGCGCAGUUCAGCCUGCGCAGGGUGCACCCCACCGCCUCCCACCUUCCUUGCCCCUCCGACCCCAGACCGUACCUCAUCCCUCUGGCCAAGUGAAGCCCACGAAGUUGACAUGCCGGAGAUCCGCCUCCGCCAUGUCGUGUCCUGCAGCAGCCAGGACUCGACCCACUGUGCAGAAAAUCUUCUCAAGGCAGACACUUACCGAAAAUGGCGCGCAGCCAAGGCAGGCGAGAAGACCAUCUCUGUGGUCCUACAGUUGGAGAAGGAGGAGCAGAUACACAGUGUGGACAUCGGGAAUGAUGGCUCAGCUUUUGUGGAGGUGCUGGUGGGCAGCUCAGCUGGAGGUGCUGGGGAGCAAGACUAUGAGGUCCUUCUGGUCACCUCCUCUUUCAUGUCCCCUUCUGAGAGCCGCAGUGGUUCGAACCCCAACCGUGUUCGCAUGUUUGGGCCUGACAAGCUGGUCCGGGCAGCAGCCGAGAAGCGCUGGGACCGGGUCAAAGUUGUUUGCAGCCAGCCCUACAGCAAGGACUCCCCCUUUGGCCUGAGUUUUGUACGGUUUCAUAGCCCCCCAGACAAAGAUGAGGCAGAGGCCCCGUCCCAGAAGGUGACGGUGACCAAGCUCGGCCAGUUCCGUGUGAAGGAGGAGGACGAAAGCGCCAACUCUCUGAGGCCGGGGGCUCUCUUCUUCAGCCGGGUCAAAAAGACAUCCCCAGCCAUAGCCAGUGACCUGGCAGGACCCAGCUACGCAGCUGCCACCCUCCAGGCCUCCAGUGCUGCCUCCUCAGCCUCUCCAGUCCCCAGGGUCAUAGGCAGCACCUCCAAGCCCCAAGAGUCUUCCAAAGGGAAGAGGAAGUUGGAUUUGAACCAAGAAGAAAAGAAGACCCCCAGCAAACCACCACCCCACCUGUCGCCACCUGUUUCCAAGAGACCUAAAUUGCCAGCUCCCACCCGUACGCCAGCCACAGCCCCAGUCCCUGCCCCAGCACAGGGGGUAGUGACAGGCGAGCCCCGAGGAGAAGGCACCGAGCCCAGACGAUCCCGAGCUGGCCCAGAGGAGCUGGGGAAGAUCCUUCAGGGUGUGGUAGUGGUGCUGAGUGGCUUCCAGAACCCCUUUCGCUCCGAACUGCGAGAUAAGGCCCUAGAGCUGGGGGCCAAGUAUCGGCCAGACUGGACCCCGGACAGCACGCACCUCAUCUGUGCCUUUGCCAACACCCCCAAGUACAGCCAGGUCCUAGGCCUCGGAGGCCGCAUCGUGCGUAAGGAGUGGGUGCUGGACUGUCACCGCAUGCGUCGGCGGCUGCCCUCCCGGAGGUACCUCAUGGCAGGGCCAGACUCGAGCAGUGAGGACGAUGAGGCCUCUCACAGUGGCAGCAGUGGUGAUGAAGCCCCCAAGCUUCCUCGAAAGCGUCCCCAGACCAAAACCAAGCCCACUCAGGCAGCUGGACCCAGCUCACCCCAGAAGCCCCCAACCCCAGAAGAGACCAAAGCAGCCUCACCAGUGCCCCAGGAAGAUACAGACAUUGAGGGGGAACAGUCAGAAGGACAGGACAACGGGGCGGAAGAUUCUGGGGACACAGAAGAUGAGCUGAGGAGGGUGGCUGAGCAGAAGGAACACAGAUCACCCCCUGGCCAGGAGGAGAACGGGGAAGACCCAUAUGCAGGCUCCACAGAUGAGAACACAGACGAUGAGGAACACCAGGAGACUCCUGAUCUGCCAGUCCCCGAGCUCCCAGAUUUCUUCCAGGGCAAGCACUUCUUUCUUUACGGAGAGUUCCCUGGGGAUGAGCGGCGGAAACUCAUCCGAUAUGUCACAGCCUUCAACGGGGAGCUCGAGGACUAUAUGAGCGACCGGGUUCAAUUUGUAAUCACCGCACAGGAAUGGGAUCCUAGCUUUGAGGAGGCCCUGAUGGACAACCCCUCCCUGGCAUUCGUUCGUCCCCGAUGGAUCUAUAGUUGCAACGAGAAGCAGAAGUUACUUCCUCACCAGCUCUAUGGGGUGGUGCCGCAGGCCUGAAGUAUGUGCUGCACACAUGCAUGUACACACAUGUAUGCACACACAGCUGAAGUAUGUGCUACACACAGACAUGUACACACAUGUACGCACACACACCUGAAGUAUGUGCUAUACACACAUAGCAUGAGGGAGAGAGAGAAUGAGAAAGAGAGAAAGAGAAGAUGCAUUUAAUAAAGAUGACUUGGUUUGGA